UAAUAUGGUCUGGAAUGGGUGACAGCUGUUGCUAUGAAUAUGGUGCUUAUCAGUUUAAAGUUGUCCUGGAACGUCUUAUACCAGGUAUAUAUAUCAAAAUGGUUGCUUUUGGAAAGACUCCUACAGAGGAUUCAUACAACAGUUUCUUUCUUGAUUCUAAUAAACAGGUUGAACUAGCUUGUGAUUUACUAUCAUCAGAUGAGAUGUUAGCUAAUGGUUUCAAUGCAAUGGGUUUCUCUCAGGGAUCACAGUUCCUACGUGCACUAGUCCAGAGAUGUGGCUCUGUAAAGAUAUACAAUUUGAUAUCACUGGGUGGACAGCAUAAUGGCGUUUAUGGUUUUCCGUUUUGCCCAGGAAGCAGUAGCAUAUUGUGCCAUUUGUUUAGAAGAUUCUUAGGAAUGGGAACAUAUUGAUCAGUCAUACAAGACAACUUAGUUCAAGCACAGUACUGGCAUGAUCCUUAUGAUGAAGAAUCUUAUGCUCUUGAUUGUGAAUUUUUAUCUGACAUUAAUCAAGAACUAGUCUUCAAACCAUCUUAUAAAGAAAGAUUUUCCAAUAUUAGUAACUUUGUACUAGUCAAGUUUGAAUACGACAUGAUGGUGGAACCAAAAGAAACUGAGGUAUCAUAAAUAGAGAUGUACCGAUAAUCGGAUUGGCAAUUUGGCAUAUCAGAUAUCGGCUUAUUGGCCUGUUUUUAUAGUAUCGAUUAUCGGUUUAUUUGCAUGCAUCUUGCAGAUACAGCAAAACAUGGUCAUAAGCAUGAGAAUAAAGGGUUAAUUAAUUAAUUUAAAGACAUUAUGAUGUCAAAAUGAUUCUGUAACUGGGACUACUUAAAAAUUAGUCAAGAUACUAAAUUGUGAAGUGUAU